AUGGCUGACAAUCAAAAAAUUCAAUUUAAAUUAAAGAAUAGUAUUGGUUCACUAGAAUUUGGAAAACCAUUUAUUAGUGGUCCACGUGGUAUUGCUUAUCGUCCAAGUGAUCAUCUAUUAUUCAUAGCCGAUUCAAAAAAUGAACGUGUUGUUGGUUUUACCGAAGAUAAUAAAUUGGCUAAAAUUAUAAGUCAUUAUGGAACAAAAAAUGGUCUUUGCAUUAUGAGCAAUGGGCAACUAUUGAUGACAGACGAAACUCAAAUUCUUUUAAUGAAUAAUGAUUUACGUUUGGUAAGAGCAUUUGGCCAAGAUGAUAUCGAUGCUGGUUUUACUAAUUAUCAAGGAGUAUGUGUCGAUAAUAAUGAUCUUAUUUAUAUAUGUGAUCAAGCCACACGUCAAAUUAAAGUUUAUGAUCCAAAAACCCUUGGUAUUGUCCGAUUUUUUGGUAAUAAAAAUUUAUUCAGUUCAUUAGCUUAUUGCACAGUGAACAAUGAUCAUUGUUUUAUCACCGAUCCCCAGGGUAGUUGUGUUCAUAAAUUUACAACCGAUGGUCAAUUUGUCAGUCGAUUUGGAAUCGAAACAAAUGAAUAUUUUCAAAAACCAUUAUCUAGCCCUAGAGGAAUCAUACCAUUUAAUAAUGGUAAACACUUGCUUGUUGCUGAUAGUCAUAAUGAUCGUUUGGUCGUAUUCGAUAAUGAUGGAAAAUUUGUACAGUUAAUAAGAGAAAGUAUCGAUUAUCCCGAAAGUCUUGCUACAAAUAAAAAUGGAGAUAUAUUUGUGGCAAUGCGUGAUACAAUUGGUCUUUUUUCAAGAGAAAAUUAA